AUGCAUACGAUUUUAGGCUCGUCGCCGAAAACGACGCCAGAAGAGUUGAGAGAAUUGUACCUCGCUCGUGUUAGAGAAAUUCACCCCGAUACGGCUACAGAAACCCCUACUAUUGCCCUGAAUGAGCUUAGAGAUAUUUACGAUAAACUCUUGGAAGCAAAAAUCGAAGCGGACGAGAAAUCGCCAACUUUGACCAUUGAAGACUAUCGCGCUGAAAAGCACUUGCAAAAGCCGACAAUGCAGAAGUUUUUAUAUUCCAACGCCUUUCGCUUUAUCAUUUUCAUCCCCUUGUUUGUGAUUUUGACGGAGAAUGCGUGGGACGUUGCUACAGAUCGAGAAGGAAGAAAUCAACGGGCAGUAGCCGAGCGUGAAAAUAUUCUUUAUGCCAGAGCGCUUCAAGAGUAUAAAACGGAGCUAGCUAUGCGAGAAGCUGCGGAAACUCAAGCUGCGUAA